GUGAGCACAAAGGCUAGUUCCAUGAUGGCUGAAGAUCCUGGAGGAGCUUAUUUCAAUUUCUCUCCCGUUUUUUUCUGUUUUUCGUUACCUCUGCUGGAAACAUGGCAGGGCACGCAGUCACGGUAGACAGUCACAGACUCGCUUUGUCGUCAUGCCCAAGAAAGGGAACAGAAAACGGCUGAAAUUUCGAGCCAACGAUGUUUGUCCAGAGUCAGUAACGGUGGCUGACUAUGCCAAUGCCGAUCCUGCCAUCGUCAAGUCUGGAAGACUAAAAAAAGCUGUUGCGAAUGCGUUCGAAAAAAAGGUAAAACUGCUGUGUGGGGUGGAGGCUUCACAAGGUCCUGUACAGGAAGUUCUGUCGUCAACGGCUAAAGAUGAGAAUGACAGCAGUGAGGAGUUAGACUCUGAAGGAGGUAACGAAGAAAUCAGAGGGUCACGUAAGAAGAAGAACAAGAGACGCAAAGAAAACGGCGAAGGCACAGAUGGGGAAGAGUAUCCCAUUGACAUAUGGCUUGUUAUUGCUGCCUACAUCCGGCCUGAAGAUGUCUGCAGGUUUGCAUUGAUCUGUAAGAAUGCCUGGGCAGUCACGUGCACUGCAGCAUUUUGGACCAGACUCUAUAAGAGACAUUACAGUCUUGAUGCAGACCUUCCUUCUCGCCUUCAGCCUGGCUCUCUUUUGAAGAUGCUUUGUCUCCGUGCCCGUGUAAUCCGCUCCCUCUUUCAUCUCUAUGAGCCAUUCAGUCUUCGAGUGUCCAAGAGUCCACCGCUUCCUGAAUCAACUCCAAGCACACUACUAAAUUCCAAGUGUUUGCUGUUUUGGGUCAACAAAGUCACCGGCGCUAGAUCCGAGCCCAUGUGGGAAUUCAACUUCAAGUUCGAAAAGCAGCCAACCAAGGUGAAAAAUGGCUGCACUCAUGGUUUAGAGCUGCCCAGGCAGUAUAAGGACGUCAAUAAAAACCCGGAUUCGGACUGCUACCUACUGCGUGUCACCACCCUCAACUUCAUCUUCACUUCUGUCGUCAUGGGCAUGACGCUGUCCCUGUUUACCAUUAAUGUGAGCACAGACAUGCGGCACCACCGGGUGCGUUUGGAGUUCCAGGAUUCCCCAAUACUCCGGGGGAAAAAGCUUCGAGGGGAGCAAGGCGUACAGGUGGUGCUUGACCCUGUCUACAGUGUGCGUCUCAUGGACUGGUGGCACCCUCAAUUCCCCAUGGCAGCUUGCACUUAAAAUUUCAUAGGUUGCGGGGCAAGAAGAUCAAGCCGUUCUUCCAUCAUUAGUAAUCAUUUCCGGACCUUUCUUUUCUGACGUUAGUGUGCUUAUUUUGUGCAUGAGCACAUCUGGGUUCAUGCAGGUGUUGUGUAUUUUAGGGUUGAAGUCGCUUUUUUAUUAGGUUCUUCACACCAAGUCAUUCUAGUCAAAGACUGGUUUCAGAAUUCUGUACUUUCAGAGGGUGACUUCCAGCAUCUUUUGUCAGGUAUUAAAAUAAUACAUGACGAAAAAAGCAUGUUGUCUUGCAUGCACUUCUCAUUUCUUUCAGUCUGAAUGAACGCACACUGAUUACAAAGGAGGAAAACAUAGAUUCCAGAAAAACUAUAUCCAUGCAGAAGAGAUUUAGAGUGCAGUCUGACUGCAAAGUUGUAUCUUGUGUUUCUGCAAUGUUUAAAGUUAAAACAAGUCAUCUGAAACACGUUAAACGUUCCUCUGUAAAUCUAUAAUGAGCUUGCCAGAGAUGUUUUUUUUCUUUUUCCCCUGCUUCAUGUUGGGUCCAAUGCUUAUUGUAAACUCUUAAAUUAGCUUUUAAUUUUGUGUUGACUGAAGGGCCAAGGUGGUGGUGGUGCUGGUUUACCCUCUAGGACUGUGUGUGCAGUUACAAUGCAUGCUUCAUCAGAUAAAUGAUGUGUGGUAGGAUAUGUAUUAUACAAAUGCUUUUGCGUUUGCGUUUAUUGGGUCAGCUGUUUAUUGGCUCAAUGUCUUUUGCCAUUUUUUUUUUCCGCUGGCAAGAGAUGCUUCUUAGGGUGAUGUCAUAAGACCUAAGACAUGUUAAAUUAUUUUGCACCUGGAGAGAUGCUCUAAAGUUGGUGUCACUUCUUCACUGUAAAAGUGGGAUGUCAGAAAUGUUCAUUGUAAUAAAUAUUACAACCCUUCA